UUGAAGUGCGAGAUUGCAGAAACUGCAAAGAGUUACCAACUCUUGGGCACAUGUCCUCCCUCAGAUCUCUUCACUUGGAAAGACUUAAUGGCAUAACAAGCAUAGGACCUUCUUUUUAUGGAGAAUCGACCAUACAUAGUGGAAGCGGCAGUCAAAGUCCCCUAAAAUUGUUUCCAGCACUUGAACAUUUCAUUCUAAGGUACGCGCACAAUUUGACUGAAUGGACGGAAGCAGAAGUUCAUGAUAGAGAAUUGAUGGUAUUUCCUGUCCUUGAGACGAUAGAGAUUGAAAAUUGCCCCAGACUAGCAACUUUUCCAAGUCAUUUUCCAAGUCUCAAGAAAUUGCACAUCUAUCGGACUAAGAAUGGGUCAGCAGUAAUGAAAUAUAUCCGAAGAGGAGUUAGCACUCUCACUAGUCUUUGCCUUUUGUUUGUGAAUGGGUUCACUGAGCUACCAAAUAUGUUAUUUCAAAACAAUCCAAAUGUUCCUCAAACUUUAGAAGGUCCAAAUUCCCAAACAGUACUUGAGUUGAGCCAACCACACACUUGCAUUGACAAUAGUGCUACUCAACGUUUGGUUGGUCUUGAGUCCCUUGAGAAAUUAGAAAUUUCCCUGUGCGAUUCACUCAAGUCGAUUUCAUUCCCCAAGGGAGACAAGUACCUCACUGCCUUGCGCGAAUUAAAAAUUUCCUAUUGCGAUAGGUUUUCCCGCUUGUCCAUCCCCCAGCUAACUGAGUCAGAGUGGGAUUCCACUCCUCGGCCCUCCCUCUCCGCUACUUCUCCUCCUCCUCUUCUACUUCUCGAGAAAUUGAAAGUAGACUGCUGCCCCGAUCUGAUCUCCUUUCCAAUUGAUUUAACCCGAACACCUUCUCUCUCUACCCUGGUCAUAUCAUAUUGUCCCAAAUUAACGGACUUGCCCAAGGGGAAGCUUUGUUCUCUUACAAGCUUGAGAACCUUAUCGAUUGGACCAUUCUCAGAAACCACAGAGUUGCAUUCCUUCCUAUACCUCUUUGAUGCUCUCCCACCACCGCACCCCUACUUCCCCUCCCUUUCGGAAUUAUUUCUGCGUGGAUGGUCUCAUUGGGAAUCUCUGCCCGAGCAACUUCAGGGCCUCUCUGCCCUAACAACUCUUUUUUUAGAAGGUUUUGGAGUGAAAUCAUUGCCCGAUUGGUUUGGGAAGCUUUCGUCACUUGAACGACUUUGUCUCUUGGAUUGUAAAAAGCUAGAGAAUUUACCCUCUCACCAAUCUAUGAGAAGCCUCACCAGACUAAGAAAGCUGGAGAGUGACGGGUGUCCCCUUCUAAAGGAAAGAUGUAAACCAAAGAGCAGCAGUAGCAGCACCACCGAAUCCAAUUCUGAGUGGUCGAAGAUCUCCGGCAUUCCCCAAAUUGAAAUUGAUGAGCAGCAAAUCAGAGGCUAAUCCCCAUUUGAAGCUCAUAAAUAACGUCAGUUUUCCCAAUUAAAGCUACUAGCCUAACUUCUACUCAAUAAUUGAUGCGAACUAUUUUUCCUUCGUCCUGUGCGCUUUUGCUUUCUAGGCGGUUUUGAGUCUAGCUUGAGAGUCUACUCUCAGAUUGAUAAAUUGUGGAAGAAUAUGAGGCUGACAACGACAGAUCAUUCUGGCUAGCUGCAGGGAUUCUCAUGCAUGAGGUUAAAUAACAGAGCUAUGGAUGAGCAAUACAUGGGAAAGCCACUGGUCGGAUUUUUAAGUUGUGAUGACAACUGCUGCAAAUGAGGCUUGUCAGCCCUUUUAAAGAAACAUAACCUAGUCGAAUUGAGAAGCUUUCGUCUGUUGAAGGGUUCUAAGUUGGCAAAUGCAAAAAGCUUGAGUGGAUGAUUUAGGUUUUGCUGAAGGUGAAACCAAGUGCAAAAUGCUCCAGAAUGUUCCGCAUCAGAUUGUGCAAUCUCCAGCUUGGCUAGGCUUACCAAAUCCAAAUUCACCUUCUCUUCAAAACGCUACUCCGGCUAAGUUUGCCUCCCAAGCCCAGCAAUCUCAUCCACCCAAUCAACAAUCAAAUGCACCAAGCAUUAUUCCAACUUCUUCAACACUUCUUCCUCUGCUUCCCCCUCUGCCAAGAGCUCAGUCUAUUCUUCUGCAAAUGUCCUCACUUGCCUAAUAGGUCGCACUGGAUUAGUGCAUUUUGAGGUUCCCUACCCUCCUUCUUGUCUUCCCAAUCCCAACCUUUGACAUCAACUGCACCAGAUUCUUAUCCUUCUUCCUCCAAAGAAAUUCUCACUCUUUUCACAAACCUUCAAACUCAGCUAUUUGAAGCUGUUGCAGAGCUCCAAGAAAUUCUUGAUCUUCAAGAUGGAAAACAGAAACUCUCACAUGAAAUCAGGUCAAAAGAUGCUGCAAUUCUUGCACUUGCAAGCAAGCUCAAAGAAGCUGAGCAGGUUCUUGACAACCUUGUGGAUGAUUACUCAGAUUAUCGCCGUUCAAAACGGUCCAAGUCAGAAGAUGUUGCAGAAGAUUCUUCAACCACCACUGUGGCAUCUCAGCUGAAGCUUUCUGAUAUAUUGUCGUAUGCCCAUAGGAUAAGCUACACUACUUUUGCACCACCAGAAUUUGGUGCUGGACAGGCUCCUCUCCGUGGGGCACUCCCACCUGCUCCACAGGAGGAGCAAAUGCGGGCAUCCCAACUGUACGCUUUUGCUGAUCUUGAUGUUGGUUUACCAAAAACAGAUGAGCAUAAGAAGAAAAUUAUAGAGCCAUUGAUCGAAACUCCUGUUGGGCAACCAGCAGAGCCAAAUCCACUGGCCAAUCUAGCUGGAAUGCAGGGUCUGCUUCCACCUAAUAUUGCUGUGCCAUCAGGAUGGAAACCUGGAAUGCCCGUGGAGUUGCCCAGUGAUCUACCUAUUCUUCCUCCACCUGGUUGGAAACCUGGUGAUCCAGUGGCACUCCCCCCAUUGGAUUCUCUUCCUGUACCUCCUAGAAUUGAAGAGCAACAACCUCAGCAUAUCCCCCCUCCAAUGCUUACAAAGGCACCCGAGCCUAUACAAGUUCUGCAUGUGCAGCUUGACAUUGACGAUGACAGUAGUGAUUAUAGCAGUGAUGUUGGUAGCUCUGACAGUGAAGAUUAGUCCUUGAACAUUUCUCGCAAUCCGUUCUAGUACUGGUUUUGAUUUUAAGGUUAUUGGAAGCCUGGUUGAGUGAGCAUGAUCUUUUAAAUUUGUGACAA